AGAACCGCCGCCGCUCUAGGUGACACAUAUUCAGCUACUUUUUUGUGGAGAAGUUUUUUUUGACCUGGACGCUCACAAUGCGGUUAAAACGUUGCGGGAGAGUUCCCUGUUGUCAGCGUUAGCAACAGGGGACAAAAAGCUGAAGCCAAGCGGCGACCGCCGGCGGCGUCGGUUCUCGCUGGAAAACGACUCGGUCGUGAGUCCCAAGUUUCGUCCGAGCUGUCAAGAUGGAGAUGCAGGACGGUUCGGCGGCAGCCGGCGAUGCCGUGCUGGACUUCUCUCGGCUCAACUUGGACACUCUCAGCGUCGAGGGAGUGAGCGAGGAGCGGCGCAGGGAGGCCAAGCAGCUGUACCUGAACUAUAACCGACUGGGCUCGCUGCCCUCGGCGCUCGAGCUCUUCUGCAACCUCGAGUUCCUGGACAUCAGCAACAACGGACUGACGGCCCUCUCCGACGGCAUAACGCGGCUGGGCAAGCUGAGAACCCUCCUGGCCAAGAACAACCGGCUGAGCGAGGCUUCCCUGCCCAAGGACUUCGGCUCGCUGGGGCUGGAGGUGCUGAACCUCAGCGGGAACCGCUUCCAGGAGAUCCCGCUGCAGUGCACCAAGCUGCGGCUGCUGCGCUCGCUGUCCCUCGGGGGGAACCGACUCAAGAGUAUCCCGGCGGAGAUCGAAGACCUCAGCAGUCUGGAGCUGCUGUAUCUCGGCGGAAACCUCAUCACAGCGAUUCCCCCAGAAGUUGCCAACCUGCCGCACCUUAGCUACCUGGUCCUGUGUGACAACCGGAUCCAGGGCGUCCCCCCUCAGCUCACCAGGCUGGACUCACUGAGGUCCCUGAGUCUUCACAACAACCUGCUGACCUACCUGCCCAGAGAGAUCCUCAGCUUGGUUCACCUGCAGGAGCUGAGUCUCCGUGGCAACCCACUGGUGGUGCGUUUUGUCAAGGAGAUGACCUACGACCCCCCGUCUUUGCUGGAGCUGGCAGGAAGAACCGUGAAGAGCAGGAACAUUCCGUACCACCCUCGUGACCUUCCGUCCAACCUGCUGCACUACCUGGACCUGGCCAGCAAGUGUCCUAAUCCCAAGUGUGCUGGUGUCUACUUCGACUCGUGCGUGCGCCAGAUCAAGUUUGUGGACUUUUGUGGGAAGUACCGCCUCCCGCUCAUGCACUACCUGUGCUCCCCCGAGUGCACCUCCCCCUGCAGCUCCAACCCCCAGAGCGACGCGGAGUCGGAGGACGAGAGCAGCGUUCCCGUCGACCGCCUGCAGAGGGUGCUGCUGGGGUAGAGUGACACACUCGUGCCCGUCACUGUCCUGACCGUCCAGAACCGCGCCCCCUGCAGUUGAGAAGACGCCACCGUUGUUCAUGACGUCACUAGAUUUGAAUACAGUUCACCCUCCCUUUGUUAAUGGAGGCAUCAAACCUGCGCUUCACUGGUUUGUCUCAGUGUUUUUGUCAUCCGAGUGUGAUCCACGGUCAGAGAAGGGGUCCCCUGUCUAAUCCCACGCUUGUCCUGGGUGUGUGAAACAGGAAGUGGCUGGACCAGUGCAACAACAAUAGCGUUGCAGCCUGACAGCGUUGCCAAUGAUGUGGGUGUUUCCCCCCUUCCUGUGAAAACCCAUCCAUCAUUGACUCUCCAAGAAACUCAAGUAUUGGAGGCCGACCGGAUCUGAAGGAGAGGCCUCAGUGUUACACUAUCAUCUAUAUUAGAGCAAACCUGUUUACUUUAGAGUGAAUUUCAAGACGAUUAAUAUAAGCUUGUGAUGUGCCGUUGACAUGAGUUGUGACUAGAUUCAUGUGAUUAUCAAGUGUUUUUCUUAUUUUUGAACAAAAAAAAUAUUUGUAACUGCAUGAAAUGCUUUUUAUAAUGCAAUUUUUUAAUUGUUAAACUUUUCUAAGAGUUGUGUAGCAGCUGAAAACUGAAGGUAUAUUUGAUAUUAAUUGCAUUUACAACAGUAAUUCAGAAGAAAUAAUAAAGACCAACUUAUCUA